AUGUCGAGGGCAGUUCGUGCAGAGACCCGCAGUCGGGCCAAGGAAGACAUCAAACGGGUUAUCAGUGCUAUUGACAAAGUCAGGAAGUGGGAGAAACGAUGGGUUGCCAUUGAAGACACCACGAUGAAAAUAUUCAAAUGGGUCCCUGGUCUGUAUGAAUAUUAUUUAACCAUAUAG